GGAGAAAAACAAUUGCAAUUGCAAUUGCAAUUGCGUUGCAGUCGGCGGCACACAAGCUUUUGUAGCAGUUGCGGCUUUCAUUGCUACAUAGCUGUGCACUAUGGCGCUGGAAGCGCUGGUCACCGCCUUGGCCUGUCUCAGUGCGACGACAACAUUGCCGGACAAGCCUGUAUCCAUUAUCAGGCAAAACUCGCUGGAGCCCUAUGCGGUCAACAAUGGCACAGGCGGCUGUCCCGUAAGCGCCUUGGGCGGUCUGACGGCGCGCUUACUCUACAUGAACGAGGAGUUGCAAGCUCUCAAAACGCAGCUCACUGAACUGCAGCAGCUCAUAACUGACUAUAAAAGGCAGCAGCCAGCUCCAGAAAUAGGCGCACGCAUCCUGUCAUUUGGGCCCGAUGCUGUGCCCAAUGCUUUGGGUGCUGUGGCGCCUGCGCCUGUAGAUGAUACGCCCAGAAAUUGUCGAGAUCAGAAGCAUGGCCAGGUGCUCAUACGCCUUGCCGCCGAUGUGGAGCCUUUUUAUGUUAGCUGCGAUCAGAAAGAGGACUCUGGCGGCUGGAUAGUCGUUGCCUAUCGCUUCGAUGGCAGCGAGGACUUCAAUCGCGAUUGGCAUGCCUAUAAAACGGGCUUUGGCUCGCUCAACUCGGAGUUCUUCAUUGGGUUGGACAAAUUGCAUCGUCUGACCAACAGCGGUGACCACGAGCUGCGCAUUGUCAUGCAGAACAGCAAGAACGAGAAGCGAUUCGCUAAGUACGAUCAAUUCAGCAUUGGCAGUGAGUCCGAGAAGUAUUUGCUAUACGUCCUAGGCGCUUAUCAUGGCGAUGCGGGUGACUCGCUGCGUUAUCAUGCGGGUAAGAAGUUCACCACCUACGACCAGGAUAACGAUGACAACGGACAGAACUGUGCACGCACACACGCGGGUGCCUGGUGGUAUGGACGAGAAUGUUUCGAAAGCAAUCUGUUCGGCACCUUUCAGUCAAAGUAUGGCCAAGAAAUCGGUUACUUCAAGGGCAUCCUAUGGAAAACUUUUGUACCCGGCCCCACCGGCUCGCUCAGCUACGUACGCAUGUUGAUUAGACCCUAUGAGAAGUUGAAGGGGUUGUAGUUAAGUACUCAAGACUCUUUAAAUUAAGUCGCACAUUUGAUAAUAAAUCAUCAACUAUUUAAAUUGAAAUGCUAUUGUUAAUCCCCCAACCUGAUUAAAUGCCAACUUAUUAUG